AUGAAUGAAAGGAUCCUCAUGACCCCAAGCUACCUGCUUAUGUCUGUCUUAAGAAGAUGCAUGUGUAAGCGCAUCCAAAACGAAGAUGGAGAAGCAACCGUCGUUGUGGAAAACGACCAUUACAUGGACGACUUUUUCCGGCAGGUUGAGGAACUCAGGAAGCUCCUUUCCAAAAUCGCGUCUGCAGUGGAAGCCGUAAAAAAGAAGCACAGUAUCAUUCUUUCAGCCACACAUCCCAAAGACAAAACGAAGGAAGAACUUGAAGCCUUGAACAAAGAAAUCAGGAAAACGGCGAACAGCAUGCGUGCUAAAUUGAAAGCCAUUGAGCAAAGUUUAGCUCGGGAUGAGAACGUUAACCGGGCGUUGUCGGCUGAUUUCAGAAUACGAAAAUCCCAGUACUCAACACUGACCCAGCAAUUUGUGGACAUCAUGACGGCAUAUAACACAGCUCAGACUGUCUUCCGGGAGCGCACCAAGGAUCAGAUACGGCGGCAAUUAGAAAUCACUGGAAAAACCACAACCGACGAAGAACUGGAAGACAUGUUGGAAAGUGGCAAUCUUUCUAUUUUCACUUCUGACAUCAUUUUGGACACCAAAAUUACCCGGCAAGCUCUCAACGAGAUUGAGGCGCGCCACAAAGAUAUAAUAAAACUGGAAUCCAGUAUCCAGGAGCUGCAUGAAAUGUUCAUGGAUAUGGCCAUGAUGGUGGAGGUUCAGGGUGAAAUGGUCAACAGCAUCGAGGAGCAUGUAGUAAAAGCGUCGGAAUAUGUAGAACAGGCGAAGGAAGAGACCAAAAAGGCAGUCAAGUAUCAAAGCAAAUCUCGUAGGAAACUGAUAUUCAUAAUAAUUUGUGUAUCUGUCUUGAUCGUCAUUCUUGCCAUCGUCCUAGCGGUGAGCUUCUCCUAACAACCAGCCUGUCGGAAGGCUCAAGGGGGCCCGUCUGAAUCACGCCGACAGAGAAACCCAAACCGCCUUGUUCUUUUCAAGAUGCCUUUCUCUUGCCGUCUUAAGAUAUAUUUUGUUUGGCCAGUGAUGACCUGUUUAACUAUCCAGUAGCACGGAUAUGCUUUGAUACCCGCGCAUCUGAACCAAAUUGUAACUGGUGUUACUGGGGGUUUUUCCCCCACCUCCAAAGCAGAAAAUAGGCUAGAAAGCCUCUCGUUGCAGACUUGAGUUCAAAGGCUGCCUUUAAAGAAUUCUGCACCGUUUUGGAGACGAAUUCUGAUUUCCCAUUCCUCAACUUUAACCAUUGUAGAAUUGGGAGGGAUUCCCGCCUGGAAACACAGUUCUUUUUCAAUUUGGCUUUGUACCCCAUUAUUCACAUUCCUAAUCUAAAAAUCUUGUUCUAAAGUUCAGAGGAGCGACCUUUUCUUAAUAACCCUUUGACCAACCAUCUUAAAACACACUUCUUCUGGAGGUAAGUUUCCCUGAGCUGACUGAAGUUGUCUUCAUAAACAAAAUGUGAUGAUGAUGGACAUGGAAAGUCACUUUUUCAUGCCCCUAGUUUUAAUGUUUUAAGAAGCCGUAAACUUGCGCCUCAUGUCAGUCGGUAAAAUAAAUAGAUGCUUUUCCUUUGCAGUGACCUUACAAACACUUUUGUUUAAAGCUAAAACACUAUUGCGAGUGGCGUGGCUUUGUUUGCUUCCAAACAUGGGCAGCUAAAUAACUUUGUCAGCAUCUGGAAGUAAAGGUGUCGAACUGUUGGAAACCUUUAAACAUUUCAGCAAUAACCAGACAAUUGUAUUUUGCCUUGCUAUUUUCUUUUUUUAUAUAUAUGGUGUUUAUUUCUAUGUAAAAUAUUUGUAACUGUGUUUUUGUGAUUUCUUGUUUAAACAUCAGUGUCAGUUAUUUAUAUUGUGAAAUAAACCACAUAACGUGUGCCUUUUUAAAACAACAA